AUGGUUCCAUUAAAAUCUCCUUCAAUACGUUGUAUUGUGUCUGCACGUUAUCGUCUAGGUCGUUUUGGUAAUCGAAUGUUUACCAUGGCUACUGCCUAUGCUCUUGCUCGUCUUCAUUCUUGUCAUUUAUUCUUUCCAUUACCAAUGUUAGAAGAUAUAAGAUCUGUCUUUGUCUUUGAUCUUGGACCUUUUCUCUUGUCUGUAUCUAUGUUCAAAUCGAUAUGGAAAAAUGAGUAUCAUCCAAUGAAAAAAAUUACUAGAGAUGUUAUUUGUCAAUAUAUUCCUGAAAUAACACAUCCGAAUGGUAUAUCAGAAGGAUCUAUAUUUGAAGUUAAAGGUCAUUGGCAAUCAUAUUUAUAUUUUGAUCAAUAUCGUGAUGAUUUACGAAAUCGUCUUUUUGUUGCAAGACAACCAUUACUUGAGAAAGUCUCAAAAUUAUUCAUUAAUAUUUAUGAGCAAAAGUUUAAUUUCAAACCUCAAUUUUCAUUAGAAAAUCAUCAAUCAUUUAAAAAACAAUUAGCUCAAUCAAAUUGGACAACAUGGAUUGGAAUUCAUGUACGUCGUAAAGACUUUGUUCUCUUAAAUUAUUCUUCAACUGAUGAAUAUUUAUUUACUGCUAUUGAUUAUUAUAUAAAACGUUAUCCAAAUGCCUAUUUUAUAGUUGCUAGUGAUGAUAAAUCUUAUUGUAAAAAUCUAUUUCGUUAUCGAUCGAAUAUAGUUUUUACACCACGAUCAUUUUCUAUUAGUGAUGAUAUAAUAACACUUUCACUUUGUCAACAUUCAAUUAUAACUGGUGGAACAUUUGGAUGGUGGACAGGUUAUCUUGCUAGUGGUGAAGUGAUACAUGAUACCAUGUAUAUCUCUGGAUGUGAAAAAGAUGAACACUACUAUCCACCAUGGUUUAGAAGCUAUCUAAAUGUAAGAAACCAUAAAAAUAUUUUAUAA